AUGUCAAAAGCCGACUGGGAUCACUUAAUAACGGAGUUCCAGCACCCGGUGCUGGAAGCAGCGAAGGUAUCGAAGGAAAAAAGUGUUUCACUGUAUACGAGUGUAAUAUUUUUCCUAGUUUUACGUCAACGCCACAAGAUUGCUCAGCAUGACACAGAAAAUUUCCCAUGCGUUCUGCCUAAGAAAUAAAAACACGGCUAAAAAAAUAAAUCCAUUGUCUUGAUGCAUCAUGUGUAAGUAGCAACACAGAAAAUUUCUCUGUUGCAUCUUUUGCAUCACAAGUGUAGUAGAGUGAAGCAGUUUUGUUUUCGUGCGAUAGAAGGACGUGUCCCCGAAAUCCGGCGCGGUGGAGGAAGCGUGCAAGCUUAUCCUAUGUAAAACCUUCCCUACCCCAUAGUUGUCAUGCAGUUUUGCAAGUACGAGGAAAACUGUAAUGCGCAUCCCCAUGAGAGCCGUUUUGCUUCGUGUUUUGGAAUUUGUAAUGCUGUGAACGGCAUAAGCAGGGGGAUCUGUAAUGCGACUAUCCUUGCUAACAUAAACCUGCUCUACACCACGGAUUGCAACUUGUCACGCGUGACUCCCAAAACUUCUGGAUUUGUGUUGCGAAAUCCCCAUGUUGACUCUGGUGUGGGGACGUUUUUCCUCUGGAUAGCGCUCUUCUUCUCCGCCAUGCAGAUUACGGGGCAGAUAGUUUUGAAGAUUGGCCCGGCGGUAUCGCGAGGAAAAAUCCUCCCUCCCCAUAUUGGCAAGGCACGUUUUCGGAAAUUUGUGUUGCUGAUUUGUGACCACAGAUCGCGUCUGUCUUGCGACAAGGCAACUCCACAACCUCCGCCGCAUUGUGCAAGCGGUUUGUCAUGCUGUUCGGCCUACAGCGCAGACGCUUUAGAUGCUAAGCGCCUAAGCCAAAGCCCCUGUUCUCAGGCUCGGUAUGGGUCUGCAGUCCUCUCCAGUAAGACAAACCUGAUUUGCGUAUGGAAGUCCAGCAUCAGAAACAUCGUUUUGAUUUGGGGAGGGAAGAUUUUUCCUUUUGAUAGGCGGGGCCGAAGCCGUCGGCGGACAAAAUCAUGGGACUGAUAAAGCCCAUAUGCAUCACAAAAAAACACGUCAGCUGGGAGGCCUGGAUGAAACUUGUGUUGCUGGUUCGCGGAUACUUGUAUUGAGCAGUUUACUACAGUUGGCAGGGAAGCAUGACAAGUUCUUUUAGGAGAUAUGUGUAGUUGGGUGCAAUUUUUCCACAUGAGCAAUUCUUUUUUCACAAAGAACCAGCUAAAGUCGCGAUAUCGUGUCAAAGAAGCAUUACAAGUUCCACACGACCCGGAGAGCGUGUUUGCAGAUGAUAACCCAUCCAGGAGCUGGCCAACCCGAAGUUAGACGAAUUGAGAAAAAAGGGGGAGCAGGGAGAGGACGAGUAUUUGAAGAUUCUUUUGUCAUGUAGUUGCGCUAGGCGUAGGCCUAUUUCAGAAGAUGGUUGUCAACGACGUGUGGGUUUAUUUGCAUGUGAGUACAUAGUAUGGAAAUUUUCAACAUUCACCCUGACAGGAUUCCGCCGGAGAUUUUUGACUUUUUGAAUUCGAUUUUCCCAAUCGCCAUGUUCCCGGGAAUGGCGCCGGACACGCCGAUGACUUUCAUCGGCACUUUUCAAGACCAGAUGGAGAUGCACGCCUUGAAAAUUUUUAAGAACGGCCACGACCCCGACAAGAAAUGGAUGCUAUCAAGUGCAAGUAAAUAUUAUCGACCUGGGUCUGGAUUUUUUGUACUGCGAGAAGAUCUGAACAAAGAUCGAAAGAGAAAAGGACAACAAGAUCUGUAUCUGUGAUGCAUGAAAAUACAUCGGAGUGAAGAUGAUUUUUAUUUCUUUAGUGCCGGAACAAGAGAGUUUGUCAUGCUGACUAGGAUACUAGGAGAACUGGAACAACUCGCAACAAGAGCGAGAGAAGAUUUGUCAUGCGGUAAUGCCGGGUACUACACAGCAUGAUCGCUCUGUCAUGCAAUGCUCAGCAUGACAGCCGAACCCUGUGCCUGUCAUGCAAUGCUCAGCAUGACACUGACAACCGAACCCGUGUGCUUUUGUCCAGAUGACCCAGAUCGACGAUAUUGGCAUUUGAUAGACGCGGGCCUUGACCGAUUACGUGAAGCACAUGAUCGCGUUUGUGAAAACUGUAUGCACUGCAAAAGUAUCGUACUCGUUGUACUCAUUGCACGACCUGCUUUAAGGCUUACAGAAAUUAGUUCCUACCCUUGUUCCCGAAAGCCUAGGUUUGAAAAAAAUGGAAACAAACCGCGAGGGGGGUUUAGCUUGCACACUCUCGCAGUCGCUUGGAAUGGCCGAAGGCCAUGAAGACUGUGGCUGGGAAGCAGCCAGCGCGCGAGCUUGGGGGAGAAUGGGCAGCCGUCUUCGGCGGGGCUGCCGCGCUUGUCCUGCCGGGCUGCCAGGAGUGGGCCUUGCCCUCCUGCUCGUUGAAAGCGAGUUGCUUCGAAGUGCCCUGCUAUUGGAAACGAAUUCCUUGCAAUGCCUUGGCAUAGAAAGUAUUUUGUUUGCUGUGCUAGUAUAUUGUAAGCAAUUCGUGUUCAGCGCCAGGUCCCCGAAAGCAACGCGCCUUCAAUAUAAGGGGUCGCCCAGCAGCUGCCACGCUCUGGCCUUUCGGAAAUGCGUUUCCAAGGUUUGCUGGAAAUCCUGGAAGCACAUUUCGGCAAGGCCCCCACGUCGGAUUUGUGCUCUGGCCGCGACAGGUCUGAAGACCUCGCGCAAAAUCAUCCGACGUCGGGGAGAUAAAGAAGUGCGCCCCUAGGAUUUUCGCCGCAUCGAGACCUGGGAUCAUAGUUCUGCAAAGCCCCCGCCUAAGAUGAUCUUGUGCGGGUUUUUCUGUGUUUCAAGGUCAGAAUACAAACUCGGAUAGCACUCUCGUGCUCUGGCCUGCAGAAGUGUGCUCCUAAAAUUUGUUGCUAUCGAACUCAAAUCCGAGAACUCCUCAGAUGCGAGCUCACGUCCGAGAACUCCUCACAUGUGAGCGCACAUCCACGAGUUAGCAGGUCAGAGGAACUGCGCAGCAUAAUCUUACGCUGUAGACUUACAGCAAUGCGCUCCUUGGAUUUGUGUGUUGUGCCUCCAAUUGCCUCACUUGGAGUCGCGGCCCAAACUUUCACGCGCAGAGCGCGGCGGUUCGCAAGUUUAGCCGAACCGGCGUAGCGAUUUUGUUUCUGGUUUUCUGACAUUGUGUGCCCAUCACAGGAUUCCUGUGAUAGGCACGCAACACUUUGGGGGGGCCAGAAAUAAGGCUGCCGUGCCAGUUCGGCUGUACUUGCGAACUUUGGUGCCUUGCGCUUGACAGUUCGAUCCGCGUGUCCAAGCGAGGUGACUGUGACUUCUUCUAGGGAGAAGAAGCAGCUUCUUCUAGAAGCUGCGUCUUCUAGAAGAAAAAGAAGAUACAGAAAAGAAAAGCAAAAGAAGAAAAGCAAAAGUAUCGUACUCGUUGUACUCAUUGCACGACCUACUGACACCGCAUUAAUACUUACAUCAAAUUUGCUUUUGGGAAUGACAUCAAAACAAAUUCCAAAGUGUGAACCAGCAGGGGAAAGAACAAGAACUCGGCAUGGUACGGAAUAGGUGCAGCACCAUCGUGAUUUGUGUUUUUUCUCUACUUGAGCAAGAACUGCAGCAACAACAGACACCACUCAACUACUCAACUUCCACAAAAGGAGACACCUCACACACAUCAGAGGGGGUCUGUUGGUCUCCGGUCCUCCGUCCUCAGUCCAUCCCAAGGCAAUAGAAGACAACGAGAGAAGAAGGGAGAAAGCCCACACACAUCGAUCAAGGGGGGUUUGUUGGUCUCCGGUCCUCGGUCCUCAGUCCAUCCCAAGGCAACAGAAGAAGGGGGAAAGCUCACACACAUCAGUGGGGGUUUGUUGGUCUCCGGUCCUCGGUCAUCAGUCCCUCCCAAGGUAAUAGAAGACAACGAGAGAAGAAAGAAGAAAGCGCACACACAUCAAGAAAGGGGGUUUGUUGGUCUCCGGUCCUCGGUCCUCAGUCCAUCCCGAUGUAAUAGAAGACAGCGAGAGAAGAAGGGAGAAAGCUCACACAUAGGAAGGGGCUUGUUGGUCUCCGGUCCUCGGGCCUCAGUCCAUCCCAAGGCAAUAGAAAGACGACGAGAGAAGAAGGGAGAAAGCCCACACACAUCAGAGGGAGUUCGUUGGUCUCCGGUCCUCGGUCCUCAGUCCUUCGCAGGGUAGUAGUUGGCGAGAUAAGAAGGCAGAAAACCCACACACAUCACAGGGGGCCGGCUGGUCUCCGGUCCUCGGUCCCCAGUCCAUCGCAAGGCAAUAGAUGGCGAGGCAAGAAGGUAGAAGGCCAACACACAUCAAAGGGAGUUUGUUGGUCUCCGGCCCUCGGUCCAUCACCGGGCAAGAUCCGACGGGGAAAGAAGGUAGAAAGCCCCCACACAAAAAAAAGGGGGCCAAUUGGUCCACGGCCCCCCCUCAGUCCAUCGCGGGGCAGCAGCUGGCGAGAUAAGAAAGAGGGCAGAAAGCUCACACAAAUGCGCGCGGGCUGUUGGUCUCCGGCACUCGGUCUGCAGUUCAUCGCGGGGCGGCGCCUGGCGAGACAGAUAAGAAGGCAGAAAGCCCCCACGCAGGGGCCUGCUGCUUUCCGGUCCUCGGCCCUGAGUGAGUCUGUAGAGCGAUCAGACCCGGCGAGCGUGAUUGCUAGCAUGGUACAAAGGCCAGGCAUUUACGACGGAGCCUGUUCGUCUCCGGCUCUCGGUCCUCCGUCCCUCAUGGGGCGGCGCACCACUUACAUACAGAAAAAGGUCGAAGGCCUACGGACAUCGGCGGGGGCGUGUGGGUCUCUGGUCCUCGGCCCUCCGUUCCUCCCGAGGUUGGUAAUAUCUGAGUUGGCGCAAACAAUACGUGUCGCGCUAGGCAGCAGGGAGGCCGAACGAAAGCAAUCGGGCCGGCCGCCGCUCCCCCCGCACAGGCCCCGCCCCCGGACUUUGUUUGUUCCAGCGGCCGCGGCCGUGACGCACAUGAAAAUGAAUGACGUCGCGGAGGGAGCCCGGGCGCAACAGGAGGCGACCGAGCGCCGCCAUUUUACCUCGCCUCCCUGGCGGGCGCGCCCGUACAUACUAAAUGAACAGGCGGCGAACUGAAGCGCCACGGCGCCCCGGCCCCCGUUGCUUUUGAUCACACAACCGGCAACCGAGCGACACGACGGACGUGAGCCCGCGCGCGCCCACAUACGGCGCCAGGGUCUUACGGCUUUCGUUGAUUCCUUCGCCUGGCUCUGAAGGCGAAGCGGUGCACUACGCGGGAACAAAGAUAGCGAUGCACAGCGCGCGCCCGGCCUCGCUUGCGAUCUGCCAGGCUGUGAACCACGCGCGCGCGCUGUUGUUCUUUGCGCCCCCCUGCAUUUCAACACGAAACGCGCCACCUGGCAGAUUGGUGGCCGCCCACCGAAAUCACUAGCCGCCUGCGCCGCCUUCGUCAUCGCCGGAACUUCGAGGCGACGGGCCGGGGCUCCGGGGGCUGCUGUCCGUCGUUGUCGCUGGGAGAAGGGUCCGAGGCGGUAUCUGCGCCGGCCCCUUCGGCUUCCACCCCCGACCGGUUGGCUUCGGGCUGUCCGAUUAGUUACGGGCGAAAUGAACAAAAUCCAGCCGGUUUGUCAGCCUUCAGCAUACAUUUCUGCACCGCCCAGCAGGUAUCCGCCCCAAUCAAAUGAAAACGACCCGCGCGGCCUUCGUUUUUUUUUUCCGCGGCUCGCCUUUCAGUUGCUUGUCGGCCGCGACCUGGUUUGAAAGAUCAGGAAGGGCACGCGGGUCGGGACUUGGCCCAUUUCAAAGUGGCGGGACCAUCUUGAUCCAUUACGGGCAUGAAGCUGAUCGCACUAAUCAGAAUCGCGCCGGCCCAUGUGCUUUUUUUUUUUGCUGGGCCGCGCCUUGCGGAGACGGCCCCACUCAAAGCCUAAAAAAUUUACGGUCGGCCUUGGCCAUUUCCGGCGCAGGCUUUCGCUUCUGGCUGCGCCCCCUUUUCCUCUUCGCUGUCCUCUGUUGUGUUGCGGCCGCCCACCCAUGGCAUUUCCGGAAUUGGGCGAAAGCCGUCGGGGCGUCGCCCUUGUGUGCGAGACCUUUGCCGCGCUCUAAUUCGGGGGCGCUUUCACGCUCUUGCGUUUUGGGCUUGCGUUUGUGUCUUACUUUUUGUUCUCAUUUUUUGUUCUUAUUUUUUGCUGUUGUUUUUUGUCUUACUUUUUCGCCCUACUUUUUUGGCCUACUUUUGUGCCCUACUUUGUUUUCAUUUUUAUUUUUUUGUUUUAGAGGCCGCGCGAUUAAUUGGCCUCCUUCUCGAUACGUAGGCGCGGUCGGUCGUCUGGCGGGCCGUAUCUCAGGCAGCCGGCCCCGGGCAUUCAUUCUCCGAGGCUUAAAACUUGCUAUAUUUUUUCUAAUGUCGCGAAGGAAAACAAAAAAAGAAAGUGGCGGCAAUGCCGCCAAAGACAACACCCAACCCGAAGACCACCGGGCAAAAAUCAUGGGGGGCGGGACACCAAAAACGAACGGGGCCAAGAACUUCGCGGCCAAAUACCUAGCGCCCUCGGGCUCCUCCCAUCCAGAGAGAAAAUGGCCCAGAAGGGAGGCGACCCCGAGGGGAGGCCAGGCGCGAUGUGCAAGAUUAGGGGGGGGCGGCAAUUCGCCCACACAAAAAACCGGGAAACCGCCCGGCGAAAUGAUCAACAGCAACCACCUAGCCGGAAACAGACCGGGCGGGGCACCUCUUGCCCCGACUAAUUCCUUGCCUAAAUCGAUGCUAAGGCAGGCGACUAACUUCGCGCCUAAAUUCCUGGCUAAAUCACGGCUAAUUUUUUUCAUUGCAAACCCUUUCGCAUUCCCUAUGCUUGAAUUAGAAACAAAUUAGACGCGAAAUUAGACCCCAAAUUAGCCCCCCCCAACCCCACCUCUGCGCCCCUCAUAAACCUCGGCCGGGCGGGCCGGGGCCAUUGAUAUGCGGCCCGAGACAAAUGGAAAACAGUCGCGCCGUUUCCCUCUGGGGCAAAAACUAAAAUCGCAGGGGCGCAAACCUUGGAAACCCCGGGCCCCGAUGCGCCACGGGCCCUGCAGACACUGGGGCGGGCAAUCUUCGCCAAAAAAAUUAAAAAAAAUCCCCAGCGCCCCAAUUUCCAAAACCUGCAAAAACUACCGACGAAAAAACCCUUGCCCGGACUACCUCUAGAACCCUUGGGGCCCCACACUCGUGGGGCCACGACGAAAAGAAAAAAGGAGGGCCACAAGCCGGAACAAUGUGGGCCCCACAAUAUUAGAAAAAAAUCGGCAGCCUUUUAGACGGCAAAUUUGCGAGCCAUCGGCCGGCUGACGGUAUCCACAGAUGGCCGGGCCCAUCCGGGCCCGACCAGUGUUUCCUUUUCGGGCUUCAAAAAUCUCAGGCCACAACUUCCCCGCCCCGGCGAGAAAAAAUUUGCUUUGCUUGCUGCGAUUUCUCAGCUGGGUCGCUGCGCGGUUUCUGCGGUGUAGCUGGAACAGAAUGAAGCAGAACGACAGAUAUUGCUUGGGCGCGCGCGGCGCGCGCGUGGAUUGGCAUACGGAUGCAACAAAAGAAAGCGCUUCAAGCGCGCGACGCGCGCCCGCAAACUGAAAAAAAGCUCGCGGCGCGCGCUGGUGCCCGCGCGCAGCGGAGAACAUGCAGCGGAGCACGUGCCGCCCCAAUGGUCGAAGUGGCCGCCUCAGCUUUUGCAAAUGCGGGCGGUGCUGAGGUGGUCGCUUCAACAACCCGAGGGCGGCUGCGCAGUGCUGCGCUACAAGUAGCUGCCUCCUGGUGGUCCAUUUCUGCUAUGGCCUCUGAGAAGGCCUCGAAGAAAUCCUUUAGCAAUGCCUUUAGUUCUGCUUUCUAAUUCCGCCUCUGCAAUUCUUCUAAUUCUUUCGCCCACGCGGCAGCUUCGAGGCUUCUAAAAAUCCGCUAAAGCUGCCGGGUAGGCGAAAUCACACACAAAGUCGCAGCUUCGCGGCUUUAGAAGAUGAAAGAGAAGCACUUCGGACGGCAAAACCGGAAACGGAACCGGAAGGCUCUUCCGGUGAGCCGGAAGAUUCCCACUCCGCCGCCUGCUUCGGCUUCACGGAACCAUGUAAGAUCCGGCAGCUGUAGAUAUCUGCCUGCGGCCUGCGGGAGAUGAUGCGCAUGCUCGAGAGCAACGAGCAUCAUCUUCCGCGAAACGACAAGCAAAUGCCUGCCCUCAUAUUUCCCCCCGCACUGCGAAACGCCCAGCAAGGUGGUAUGUGCCUGGUGCCUCUACCUUCUAUCUUGCCCCGCCCUAUAUUGCUAGCCUCGAGAUGAACUGAGGCCCGAGGACCGAAGGGCAGCAUCCUCCUGCGCAUGUGUCUGGUGCUUCUGCCUCCUUGUCUCGGCACGUAUUACCUCGCGAGGAACUGAGGACCGAGGACCGGGGACCAACAGCCUCCUUUCAGGCAGACAGGCCCGGGCGACCUUUUCUUCUAAUUGGAUUCUGGUUCUUGGCUAAUUUGAGUACUAAAAAACGCGAAGGGUCGAUCCUCGGCGAGCCCACCUGAAACGACAGGCGCCCAAAGUCCGAGCGAUGGGCGAAACAUGUUGAUGGCAAUACACGCGCCCGGCAAAAGAAACACAACCAAGGACACCUUCCGGACGUGGGUCUGCCUGCGCCCAAGAGGCGAAAUUGGCGCACGCUGUCCCGACGACCGGGACAUGGGAUCGGCACCACAAAAACAUGAGCCCCAACCUCGAGCAUCAUCGCCCAACUAACCUGGCCACCCCCAAGCACUCAAAAAAACGGAAUGGGGAGGACAUCGCCUGCGCCGAACCCGGGCGAGGAGAACACAGAACAGAAACCCGAAGCAGGAGACAACGAAGCCGGCUAAUUUGCGAAUCGGCAAAGGCAGAAAAGCUGGAUAAUUGGUGGCUAAAACAACUCCCGGAACGCCCUCCGGGACCCGGCGGACCCCCAAAAAAAACCCUGCUAAUUUGUAAUCUAAUUUCUUUGCCCCCCUGUUCUAAUUGGUGGGCUAACUUGCGUCUAAUUUGCAGAACCCCAAGGCCCCAGGCCCUGUCUAAUUUGCAGAACAACGCAAAAAACAAGUGCGAUUUUGCCUAUGCCCGAGGUAUAGGCGAAAUCACACACGAAAUUCCCACCCGAUGCAAAUUAGCCAGCCAAUUAGCAAUCAAUUAGCAACAAAUUAGGUAACAAUUAGCCAGGGCAUUUUUCGGGUCCAGAAUUGGGCCCGAAACAGAUUAGCGGCGUUUUAGAAUUUCAAAUUAGAAUUUUCCGGGAGGUGUUUUAGCAAGCAAAAGCGGGCCUUUUUCCCGAGGCCCCGCCGAUUCUUCCCGGGGGAGAAUACCGGACGGCCGCCCCGGGAAAAGAUGGAGAACACAGACCAAUGGCGCGAUCCCCUGUCGCCCCGACCCCGGAGUCAGGGCGCGGGCCCCGCGCGGCAGAGGGCACCACACACAGACCGAAAUCCGGGAACCCUGGCGCCCUCCCGAGGGGAAUGACAAAACGGCAACGGCCCCAAAUGCGAAGCCUGCACCUCGGGGCCGGUGAGGAUCCACAGAGAGGAUGCGGCGGGCCUCCGAUUGUCGACGCGCCACACCGUCCGGGGCGUUCCCGGUACCCACAAAACACACACAAAAACCGGCGCCACGCCAUUGCCCCGGGGGCGGCCAAACGCGGCCCCCCUGCUGCCAACAAGACACCCAUCGAGCUCCCCAAUUAGCCAACUUUUAGGAAAUAAUUAGAAACAGAAACCGCCCGGGGCUGUCUGCCUGACUCCUUCUUAUGUGUCUGGUGUUUCUACCUUCUUAUCUCCUCACGUCCUACCUCGUAAUGGAGUGAGGACCGAGGACCGGAGACCAGCAGCCUCCUUCUUAUGUGUCUGGUGCCUCUCCCUUCUUCUCUCCUCAUCUACUCCCUCGCGAUGGAGUGAGGACCGAGGACCGGAGACCAACAACCUCCUUCUUAUGUGCCUGGCGCUUCUCCCUUCUUAUCUCCUCAUAUAUUACCUCGCGACGGACUGAGGACCGAGGACCGGAGACCAACAACCUCCUCUUUAUGUGUGUCAAAUGUCUACCAUUUUAUGGAGUGCGUUACUCUAAAUGAGUUGCCUUUAAGAUCUUCUGUUGUUACUUUUUCAAUUCCUUUUAAAGCAAAAACAUGAAACACGAUGGAACUGCACCUAUUCCGUACCAUGCCAAGAACUCCAUCUUCUUCCAUGCGGACGAGCACUCUUGUAAAUUGAUUAUCAUGCGCCGAGUUUUCUUCAUACGAGAACCGAAGUACGAUAUGGCAGCUUUUAUCAAUCCAUAAACCAACCUCGGCAUGGGAAUCAAGUGGAAUUCGCGGCCGGACCCAGAGCUCGCGAUCGCUUCCGCUCCUGUCACGACGACCCAGAAAGCCGCUGCACCCGCUGCUCCUACCCCGUCAGGAGGAGAAGCACCAGCGCCCGCGGGGGCGCAGGAAGAAGGAUCAGCUGGGCCGGCAAUGGCGGCACCGGAAGAGCGGAGUAGCGGGACGAGCAAGAAGGUGGAAAAGAAGGAGAAAAAGAUCCCAGCGCCACCAACAGCUAUCCAAUUUGUGAAAAGUUAUGUACUUCUUUUUGCCCUAUGGGAGAUUCAGAUUACCAUUACAUAUAAAUGCGCGGCACCACGAGGAAGGAUGUACUAAACUUUGCAACUACAGAAGGGACGAGUAAAGUGCGACGUAUGGAGCAGGAGGUCUUCGCGAUCAUAUUAUGCAAGCAGGGUUGUUGCAUUAUAUGCGUAGUUGAUGGGGACGAACCCACAUCCCUGGGUACGACUUACGUUCUGAAAAGAAUCGACGUUCAUCGCGCGAGGCUCUAGACAUCAUAUAGGCUCCUGGCGCAUACGUCAACAGUACUUCUACCUAAAAGCUAGCUAGGCGAGGUGAAGCCCAUGCUCACGGGAGGUAGCUCCUGCCUGGAACAACACGUCGCUCGUGUCUUGCCUUAUGAUAGAGCUGCCUCCACGAUCGGUUCUCGUAGGUAAAAAUGCACCUUCUAUUGGAGCUGUGCUAUGGUAAUUCUAGUAGUAUCACCUCCUGCUCCAUGUCCACUUGUGGUCCUGCUGUACUGAUGAAAUGAAAUAUAAGUGCCUUAUUCCAGGUCGAGUUGUAGUUCGGUCGUGUUCCAGUGAUGCAGCUCCCUAUUCCAGACAAGUACGUAUGAAAUACUCAGACAACCAAAAGCUAGUGAACGACAAGAAAAAUAAAGCAUUCGCGUUCACCUCCAAGAAAAAUCUUCGGGCUCUCAUAGUUUUUUCUGAAAAAAAUCAGAAAAUUUUAUUUCCGCAAGCAAGAUCUGCUCCACUACAUGAAACGUGGUCUCCUGUUUGCGAAUGAAAAGUUCGCAACAUUUUUUUCGCUUCAAUUUGUCUGUUGCCAUGCGAGCAUUUCUAUCGGAGUAGUAAGUAAGUACAGCAUAAAGAUUCUUGUGACUGCAAGAUAAGCCUGGUUAAGAAUACAAAGAGUUUGAAGUGGACAGCACAUUGUGUACUACACUUCCAAACAAGUACCACAACACUACACGUUUUGCAUGACGAACUCGCAUAAAAAUUAUAGCCGCUCUAGUUAGAAGUAUUAUUGAGAAAUAAGCAUUCGUGAGUUUAAAUUUAAUAUCAUUAUCUACUCUGUGGGGCAAAAUAAACGUAGGUAGCUUUUCACCAUGACAGAGUCACCAAGCGCGCCGCAAAGCGGCCUGCUCUCCGGCAUCCAGGAGGGUGCGGCGGGGAAGUUGAGAAAAGUCAACGACUCGGAGAAAAAUUACAAAAACAAAGAUGCGAGCACGGUAAUAAUGUACGUUUAUGAUAUUUUUUUUGUCAUCGAUGCAUAAACUAAGUACAAAGUAGUACGCAAAGAAAGCUGCGAUAUAAAAAUUGACGUGAUGCAGAAAGAACAGCAACCAAAAGCAAAACCGGUUUCGGAUCAAAACAGUCCUCCUAUGAAUUGCAAAAGCAUCGUACUAGUAGUAAUCGCAUUACAAAUUACCUCAGCAUGACAAAUCGAAUUUGUCAUGCUGUUUGACCUUCAGGACAAGAUUUGUCAUGCAUAUAUUGCAAUUAGUACAAAAGCAAAACCGUUUUCUCUGAUCAAAACAGUCGUCCGUCGUUCCGGCCAAGGGUAGCGGUGGAGGCGGCGGGGCUAUGCAAUGCAAAUGUGUCUAGGUCUGGAAGGUUGCAGCUUGUGAUGCUGUCUCAGGAUGGUGGAAAAAUCUGUAUUGCGUGACCAGCAAGAUAAAUAGUCCAGUUUGUACCACUUACGCGGGGGGAGGGAGUUUCUCAUGCGGGAUAGGCAUCAAAUUCAAAGUGGCCUCAGAAAUAAAUUUGUGACGCUAGGGCAUGUAGUGCAUCACAGACACAAUGGGGCAUGGGAAUUCUGCAAUACAAGCUUGAUGCCUUCUAGACCCAGACAUAUUUUUUGCACUGGAUAGGCGCCGCCGCCCAGCAAAAGGCAGUGAAGAAGAUUGGACAACCAAAGGGCGAACCGAAGAAGGAACUGGAGCGGGAUGCGAAUUGGAUCGUGGAAAACUACGAAAACGGCGGUAUGGUCGAGUUGCCGGACACAAACCAGAAGCAGAGCGCGUACUAUUUUUUUUACUGAGAUCUAGGUUUGAGGCUCUCUGCGGGCAAACAACAUCAUCUGAGACGCCUUUAUUUUGUCGUGCUAAGUACCUACUGCUCAUGGUCAUCGUCAUGUCCGAUGAAUUUUCGUAAAAGACUGGAUGAAUAAAACCACGAUAGGUAAAUAAAGUAAAGGUCUCUAGUACAUGUUGCACAUUUUGAUUUUUCCCGACUGCAAAUAAAAAAUCAGGUACAUUUCCAACAGCAACGGCACCACGUUUAAAAUCGACAACAAAAUCAAAUCAAUCACGGUUGACAACUAUCAAAUGCAAAAAUGUCUGGGUCUGGAAGAUUGUCAUGCUAGUCUGGCAUGACUCUGCACUCUGUAUAAUUGCGCGGCCACCAAGAGGUCCUCUUGCCUGUCAUGCAAAAGCGCAGCUUCUCAUGCGAAAUACGCAUCACAGAAGCACGAAAAAACUUGUCAUGCUUGGCGGCGCAUUACAGGGCACUUAUUGUUCACGGACUUGCAUCACAAGUUUCCAGACCCAGACAUAUUUGCAUUUGAUAACAACUGCGAGAAGGUUGGGCUGGCCAUCAACGACGUCUUAUCUGCGGUGGAAGUGAUCUAUGGAUUGCAAAUAUGUCUGGGUCUGGAAAAGUGUAAACUUGUCAUGCAGAUUUUCCAUGACCUUGACCCAUGAGGUCCGGAAUGCGGGACAUAGCAUGACAGACUCUGCGAGGUCUCUGCCAUGUCUCCCCUGCAUGAGAAACUCCCGUCCACUUUGGUCAAAAGUGGACAACGUUUGGCACUCAUGCAACACAGAUUUUUGCAUGCUUCAGAUUUACCAUGACAAGUUGCCACCUUCCAGACCCAGACAUAUUUGCAUUUGAUAUCAUCAACUGCAAGACGAUUUACCUCCACUGCCAGGGCUCCGUGAACACCAUUCAGUCCGUAUUGCGAGGAAAAAUCCCCCCUCCCCAUAUCGAAAACGAAACUUGUGAUGCUAGAUUUGCGUACACAAAUCGACUUGUAUUGCUAGAAUGCCAAGAGACGCAGCUGUGGCCUGGACUGCAGGCAGUUUGUCAUGCUGUUUCCCACUUCCAGUUGCCUCCUCUCAUGCUGAAAGUGCAAGGCUUUGCCACGCCACCCAGCACUACAGUCCGCAUCUUUUGCCUUCUAGCAUGACAACCAGAUUUGUGGUGGCAAAUCAUGCUACACAAAUCUCCGUUUUAGUAUGGGGUGGGGGCUUUGUUCACUUUGAUAGUCCGACAAAGUCGACGGGUUGAACGUGUACCUCCACACCGAGAGCGCCCAAAACGCGAAGAUUGUGCACAGCCUGUCGCUAUCAAAUGAAAAAAUGUCUGGGUCUACUGGAAGAGCGGAGCCUGUAAUGCUCUCUGCGGAUUCUAAAAGUAUCUGUGUUGCAUGAGCAGCAAGAGGAGUCCAGUUCUUGGCACGACGCGGAGAGAGCAUUUCUCAUGCGUGACAAGCAUCAAGAAGCUCUCAAAAAAUGAUCUGUGAUGCUAGGACUUGCAUCACAGAUCUCACGGGUCAUGCAAAAAUUGCAUGACAAAUCUUCCAGACCCAGACAUUUUUGCAAUUGAUAGUCGCAGAACCUGAACUUGAACAUCAUGCAGAACGACGACUGGAAAGAGAUGCCCAUCUAUGCAAAGAAAAAAGAGUAUACAGUUCUAUAUACAUAGUCUAGGCAGACCAAGCAUCAGAGACAAGCUCUGUCAUGCAUAAAAUGCUUUCCAAUUCCAGCCUCAUUCCAUUCGUGUUUAUUUCCCUUAUAAAAUUUCUGCAUUGAUGCAAGUUUUCUCUCUACUCAUGCAGAGAACUAAAUUUGUGUUGCUGAAUUGUUACUUAUGCUAACAAAUGUGUAAACUGUAACACUUUUUUCGUGGGAUACCAUCCCGACGCAGUUUGUUUGUUCCCUGGAUUUUAUCAAAUGCAAAAAUGUCUGGGUCUGGAAAUUUGUGAUGCAAGUCCGUGAACAAUAAGAGCUCUGGAAUGCGCCACCAAGCAUGAGAAGUUUUUUCGUGCUUCUGUGCUGCGUAUUUCGCAUGAGAAACUGCGACUUUGCAUGACAGGCAAGAGGACCUGCUCUUGGUGGCCACGCAAUACAGAGUGCAGACUCAUACCAAACUAGCAUGACAAAUCUCGCAUCUUCCAGACCCAGACAUUUUUGCAGUUGAUAGAUUUGACCACGAAAAAACUGAAAACGGAGGUUUCCGACAUCUACUCCGCAUGA